CCAUUCAUUCUCUUCUCCAUUCUGUUCUAAUUCAAUCUUAUCACUCUUCCCCGUCCAUCUCGGAUUGCUGGGUCUUACUUUGAACCAACCUCGAAACAUUUCCAUUAGCCUUCUCUUUCCCCCGUGUGGGUUUCACUUCUAAUCUUUUGUACCUCGCCCAUACUACUCUGCUCCGGUCACUCGUUUGGAGCAAGUCCCCCUCCGAACAACCCCUCUACCCCCUUUCGCUCUAACACCAAUUACACACUACCGCAAUCAUGAAGGCUCUUAUUUUGGUCGGAGGUUUCGGUACCCGCCUGCGUCCUUUGACCUUGACGCUUCCUAAGCCUUUGGUGGAAUUCGCCAAUCGGCCCAUGAUCUUGCACCAGGUGGAAAGCUUGGCUGCGGCAGGUGUCACGGACAUUGUCCUGGCUGUCAACUACCGCCCCGAUGUCAUGGUUGCUGCCCUCAAAAAAUACGAGGAACAAUAUAACGUCAGAAUCGAAUUCUCCGUCGAAUCCGAACCCCUCGGCACGGCCGGCCCCCUGAAGCUGGCAGAGAAGAUCUUGGGCAAGGACGACUCUCCCUUCUUCGUCCUGAACUCGGACAUCAUCUGCGACUAUCCCUUCAAGGAGCUUGCCGAGUUCCACAAGAGCCAUGGUAACGAGGGUACCAUUGUUGUCACCAAGGUUGACGAGCCCUCCAAGUACGGUGUCGUCGUUCACAAGCCCAACCACCCCAGUCGGAUCGAUCGGUUCGUCGAGAAGCCCGUCGAGUUCGUUGGCAACCGCAUCAACGCGGGUAUCUACAUCCUGAACCCCAGCGUGCUGAACCGCAUCGAGCUCCGCCCCACCUCCAUCGAACAAGAGACAUUCCCCGCCAUUGUGAAGGAUGGCCAGCUGCACUCCUUUGACUUGGAAGGCUUCUGGAUGGAUGUUGGUCAGCCUAAGGACUUCCUUAGCGGAACCUGCCUCUACUUGACCUCCCUGGCGAAGCGCAACUCGAAACUGCUUGCUCCCAACAGCGAGCCCUACGUGUACGGCGGAAACGUCAUGGUCGACCCUUCUGCCAAGAUCGGCAAGAACUGCCGCAUUGGCCCCAAUGUGGUCAUUGGCCCCAACGUUGUGAUCGGUGACGGUGUCCGCUUGCAGCGUUGUGUUCUCAUGGAGAACAGCAAGGUCAAGGACCACGCCUGGGUCAAGUCGACCAUCGUGGGAUGGAACAGCUCCGUUGGUCGGUGGGCUCGUUUGGAGAAUGUCACCGUGCUUGGUGACGAUGUCACCAUUGCUGAUGAAGUCUACGUGAACGGUGGCUCGAUCCUGCCUCACAAGAGCAUCAAGCAGAACAUCGAUGUUCCUGCGAUUAUCAUGUAAAACCUCCUCUUCACGUCGCCACGCCCCCUUUAUACACCAUAAAAUCCGCCCAUCUCCCGGAAAUGCUCAGAUGCAUAGAAAUUUGAGUCGCAAACCUCUUUCACCGCUAGCUCUGCUCGACGACCUGGCUUUCCCCACCUGGAUACAAUUGCUUUCCCGACUCCCCUG